CAGAGCGGGGCAGCCCGGCUGGGAGCGCCCGGGACCGGGCCGCCUGCCUGCGCCAGCCGGGGAAGCCGGGCAGCCGCCGAGCGCUGGCGGGGAGGAGCCGGGGCCGGGCGGCGAUGAGCGCCCGCGGGCGGCUGUAGCGAGGAUGGCGGGGGGCGCCCUGCGGCUGGCCCUGCUGGCCGCGCUCUGCCUGCGGGGCUGGGGUCAGCCCGACGCCACCUGCCAGCGCGUCCGCGCCGCCUUCCAGCUGCUGCAGCCCGGAGCCAAGGGGGUGCCCGAGAGCCCGGUGGCAGGGGCAGAUCUGCAAGUGUGUGUCCCGAAGGGCUCAACCUGCUGCUCAAGGAAAAUGGAGGAGAAGUAUCAAGCAACGGCCCGUUUGACCAUGGAGCAGCUCCUCCAGUCUGCCAGCAUAGAGCUGAAGUUCCUCAUAAUUCAAAACGCUGCCGUCUUCCAAGAAGCCUUCGAAAUUGUAGUACGCCACGCAAGAAACUACACCAACGCCAUGUUUAGGAACCACUACCAGAACAUGGGGUCCAGAGCUCUUACGUUUGUCGGAGAACUUUUUACCGAUAUCUCGCUUUACAUACUGGGCUCUGACAUCAGUGUGAAUGACAUGGUCAAUGAAUUUUUUGACAGCUUGUUUCCUUUAGUCUACUCACACUUGAUGAACCCAGGCUUCCCUGACCCCUCCGGAGAAAUGAUAGAAUGCCUGCGGGUAGCAAGGCGGGACCUCAGGGUGUUUGGUAACUACCCCAAGAUUAUGAUGACCCAGGUGUCAAAGUCAUUGCAGGCCACGCGAGCCUUCCUACAAGCGCUCAACCUGGGGAUCGAAGUAAUAAAUACUACCGACCACUUAAAAUUCAGCAAGGAAUGUGGACGUGCGCUGCUGAGGAUGUGGUACUGUUCUCAUUGCCAAGGGCUACUGAUGGCGAAGCCUUGUGCCGGAUACUGCACUGUUGUCAUGCAAGGGUGCCUGGCCAGCGUUGUGGAGAUAGAUAACUACUGGAGAGAAUAUAUUCGGUCCCUGGAAGGGCUGACCAAAGGCAUGUAUGGAAUCUAUGACAUGGAGCACGUCCUGCUCAGUCUCUUCUUGUUGAUACAAGACUCAGUCAUGUAUGUUCAGAAGAAUGGAGGGAAGCUGUCUGCAACAAUUAGCAAAUUCUGUGGCCAUUCUCAACAAAGACAGUAUAGAUCAGCUCAUGAUCCUGAAGACCUUUUCAUUGACAAGAAAGUACGGAAGGUGGCUCACCCAGGACACGAGGAAACCCUGUCCAGCCGGAGAAGGGAGCUCAUUAUGAAACUAAAAUCUCACAGCAGUUUCUAUAGCAGCUUGCCGGAGUACAUCUGCAGCCACGGUUCUGCUGUUCAGAAUGACACCCUUUGCUGGAAUGGACAAGAAAUUGAGGAGAGGUACAGUCGCCAGGCGGCGAGGAACGGGGGGAAAGCUCACGCUGGCACCCACGAGAUGAAAACGAAGGGUCCCGAGCCAGUGAUCAGCCAGCUCAUCGACAAACUGAAACACAUCAACCAGCUGUUGAAAGGAAUGUCAAUAUCCCAGCGAAAAGCUCCAGACAAAACCACAGAUGAGGAUGGGUCGGAAAGCGGAGACUGCGAUGAUGAAGACGACUGCAGCGGCGGCUCCGGAAAUGGGGAACUAAGGGUUAAGAAUCAGCUCCGGUUCUUAGCAGAGCUGGCUUAUGAUUUGGAUAUGGAUGACAUUCCCUCAAACAAACAACUUUUGAAUCAGCAAAGCAAAGGUGAUACCGCGGUUCACAACAUGGGAUCAGGAAAUACCACAUGGAAGCAUGUUCCCGUCACUGCUAUUUUCAUGGCAGUCUUCCUUCUGUGGGCCCAUUGACGCUGUACAGUAGCCACAACCGAUUUCCCUGGGGAUCAACUUCUCUCCUUAUUUCUUUCUGAAGAAAACAUUCUGACCCGCGCUCCUCCUGCAAUAUAGGCACACUUCCAAAGAUUAAGUGAAUGACUUACAUUUGUUUUGUAAAAUAAAAUGGUAUCUGUACCACCAGGGGCUGGUUCAUGGUGAAUUUUAGUGUUAGUAAAUCCAUGUAGUGCUUUUAAAAAUAAUUCGGAAGGGUGAUACUACGUUAUGUUCAUGUCAGUUUACGAAGGCUGAAUUUUCAUUCCUGUUAAGCAGAAAUCCAUAUUUUGUCUUGAGUUCAUUUACCAUGCAUGGACUAGAAUAGCAUCUAAGGUUUAGUGAAUAUUAUCACCAAAGAUCAGACCCCCAUUCUUGUCUGACUUAACCCAGGUUUUGUCUAUAGUUUAAGUAGCAUUGGCACCAACUCCAAAUUUAAUAGUCAUCCCUGGGAAACUUGCCAGGCACAUAAUGGUGAGGCCAUGGGGGUGGCAUGAGAAACAGAGUGCAAGUCCAAACUGGGGAAGGAGAUUAAGGAAAAGAAGGGAACCACUGGCCCAAAUGAUCAAAUUUCAGAAAUUCUCCUCUCCCUGGUCCAGAUUCUGCUACCUGGGAAGUCAGUAGGAAAACUCCCAUUGACUUCAUAGGGAGCAAGGGUGGACUCUGAACAUUUAGGGCUAGACUAUGACUACGCACUUACACAAGGGAGUAAGAACCAGCCUUCCGCCUUGCAGGCUACUGCAUCUUGAGUCUGGGGGCCCGAGUAGGCGCUUGUUUAUCUCCCACCCACCAGAGCAGGUGGGCAGGAAAUGGAACCGACAUACCAGCCAGCACAGGGAAAACAGGAAGCCAGCGACUGGUGGCGCCAGGCAGAGCUGUGUCUGAGAGGUGGCACUUUGCCUCCUGGGGCUAUUCCUGGGUUUAAGCUAUUCCUGGGCUGAGCCUAAAGACUAAAUUACCCUGGAAUAAAAAAUGGCUAAAUCAAAACAGCCCUGCUGACAGCAGAUUGUUCUGGGAUAUGGUCUCUUUGAUUAUCCUCAUGGCAGCAUGGGAACACUCGGAAUGUGCCACUGUCCUGUCUCCAAGGAGGCUGUAUUGGCAAUGGCAAGACAUGAGGAGAGCAGUACUUCUGGCAUUAGAGGGCACAACAUCCGCACAUUGUGUUUCAGGCAGUUCUGCUGCUCACUUCCAUGAAUCCAAACAGUUCCUGGGAAGCCCCUUCUGAGGCAGUCAGCCAGUCUGUCUCCGAAUUCUGGGUCAGCUGGACCUGGUGCGUGUGUCUUGGCACACUGCAGGAACAGACCCUCUUCUUCCUUAGGAAAUGUGCACGCACAGCUCCAGACAAAGGACAGAGGGUGGUGCUGUGCCAUACUUUUGCAGGGCUGAAUAACAUGCCUCCAACCCAGUGCAUAGGUUAAAAGCAAGGAUUGGCAGGAGACACACACACAGCACAAUAAGACGUUUAUUUGAACAUUCUCAUGUAUGUUAUUUUUGUUAAAAUAAUGAUUUUCUUGGUGGACAACGUAUCAAAAUCCCUCUUUCACACAUUUAAAGCAUAGGAAAGUUUUAAAUUGGAAACUGACACUGGCUGCCUCAGGGAAGGCCAUCAGCAACCCAGACUGGUGGUCUUCAGAGCACAGUGGACAGCAUAUGCUUUUGGGGUAGAACGUAAUGACAUUUUUGGGUUGGGGCAAGGAAGGUUUGUUUUGGUUCCUGGCCAAAACAGCUGUAUAUUUCAGCUUAAGGUGUUGGUAGCCCUAGCACUGUAUUAUAUGUGUGCUUUAACUACUUUGUGUCUCAGAGUUUAAAUGCUUUAAAAAGCUACUAAGUAAAUAUCUUUCUGAAAAGUGAACUGCAAAGAUUUUUUUAAAGGAUAACUUCAAAAGGUGAAAAAUAUCCAGCUGUUAUUUUAAACUGAUGGGCCUGACUAAAACUCACUGACUGCAAUGGAGUUGUUCCAUAUUUGUACCAGGGGGAUAGGAACAUCAGGUUGUUAGCACCAAUCUCAUGGUUUCUCUGCCUGGGUGAGUCAGCCCAUGGUUAAGGUAUUUGUGCUAUAGAAGAUCCAUUCUGUCCUGAACUGGCGGGUUCCCUCCUGCAGAACUUUCCCAAAAGAUUCCCCUUCGCAUGCUCAGGUGAACUUUGGGGAUGUUUGCACAGAAGUUCAUUGCACAUAAACAUUUGUUUAAAGGUGACCUUUUCAGAUCAUUCUCUUGGUCCCCAUCUGUCCUCCCCCAUUUUGGAACUAUUACAAAGCAGCUUUUAAUUUUUACAAAGCUUUUAAUUAUCAGCAACAUCUUUGCGGUUCGCCUCCAAAACAUUAAGGACUUUCAAAACUGAGGUUUUGUGGCGCUCAACUGCAUUUGUUUCUACCCUUGCAAGCGAUGUCUUAUGAGUGAGGGUCUGAUGCUGCCACCCCCUACUCUUCUUAAACAUCCAAAUCAAUAGGACUCAACUAAUAGACUUUAAGGUCAGAAGGGACCAUUAUGAUCAUCUAGUCUGACCUCCUGCACAACGCAGGCCACAGAAUCUCACCCACCCACUCCUGCAACAAACCCCUAAC